AUGAGUGAACAGCAUCCACACGUCAGGGCUCUAGUGCUUGAUGCGACACCGUUAAUUACACAAUCGUAUACGCAUUACCAGAACUAUGCGGAGUCAUUCUACACAGCACCCACGGUGUUGCACGAAAUCAAGGAUGAGAAGUCGAGGAAGAACUUGGAAAUCUGGCAAGGGUUAGGUACUUUGAAGGUGAGACAUCCAUCGGCCGCUUCGAUCAAGCGUGUUUCUGAUUUUGCGAAGUUGACUGGUGAUUACAGUGUGCUAAGUGCGAACGAUAUCCACAUCAUUGCGCUAACGUACGAGUUGGAGACGGAGCUUAACAAGGGCGACUGGAGACUCAGGAAGAAGCCAGGCGAACCGUUGAAGAAGGAGGCUGUUGAGGUUGAGGAGAAGGAGAAGGAGAAGAAAGAGACCGCAGAGGAUGCUGGUUUUACCACUGUUGAGAAGAAGAAGAAGAAGACCAGAAGAGGUGGUAAGAAGCAAAGAGAGAAGAGAGAGGCUGCAAUGAAGGAGGAAGAGGAGAAGAAGAAGGCCGAACUAGCAGCCAAGGAGGAGGAAGCCAAGGAGGAGGAAGCCAAGGAGGAGGAAGCCAAGGAGGAGGAAAGCAAGGAAAAAGAAGAAAAAGAGGAAGAAGGUGGAUUCUUUUCCGACGACGACGGUGACUGGAUCACUCCAGACAACCUAACCGAAACCAUCAUCAAGGACAGCGGCGAGGAUACCACCGGAGGAGAAGGUGUCGUUGCCACGAAGGACACCUCGGCCUCUCUAGAGCUACCCCAAAACCAAGUCGCCCUGGCUACCGGUGAUUUCGCAGUGCAGAACGUCUCUCUGCAACUAAACCUCAACUUGAUGAACUUCAUGUCCGGUCUCAGAAUCAAGAGACUCCGCAACUACAUGCUCAGAUGCCACGCAUGCUUCCAGCUACUACCGAUGCCCAAGGACGGCAAACCAAAACAUUUCUGCCCCUCAUGCGGUGGCUCAGGAACCCUCCUAAGAUGCGCCGUCUCAGUCGACUCCACUACCGGUAAGGUCACCCCACACCUAAAGGCCAACUUCCAGUGGAACAACAGAGGUAACCGUUACUCGUUGCCAAGCCCGCUAUCCAAGAAUGCCACCAAGAGAUUCGGUAAAAAGGGUUUCGUCCACACCAAGCACGACCAAGGCGUAGAACUACUAAGAGAAGACCAAAAAGAAUACGAAAAGGCCGUCAAGCAAGAAGAAUGGACCAGAAAGCACAACGAAAAGAUCCUAAACAACUGGAUCGGUGGUGGAUCCGCCGAAAACUACAUCUCUCCAUUCGCCAUCGACGGCUUGAAACACCAUAGCGUCCGUGUCGGUAGAGGUCGUUUCGCAAACAGCGUCAGAAAGAGAUGA